AUGGAAAUAUUUCCGACCGGCUACAAACAAUUUGGAAAAGCAAUAGAAAUCUUCGACCAAUCACUUGUAUCAACACAGAUUGACUUAUCUACCGAAUUACAAGAAGAUCCGCUUCCUCCAGAAGAAAUUGAUGAAGAAAUUGCGCCAAUUGAAUAUUAUACAAAUCUAAUGUCAGCUUAUGCAGGUUCUAACCAAGAAUUCCUUGUCCAUUCGCUUAGAAAACUUCUAGGUUUUACAAGUAAAGUUGAAAUCAUUGAUACUCAAGAAUUGAUACAACAAGGCGUAUUAGAUGCAUUAAUUGAACUCACAAAAGUCGAAGAUAUUGAUAUUUCUUUCUUAGCUUUCGGAGUAUUAAUCAAUUUGUCUGCUCGUACGAAUCCAAGGAAUGAUCCACUAAAUUCAGAUGAAUUUUUCAAUUUCUUAUGCGAAAUGUCUAAUGUUACAUCUCUCAAUCUCAAAAUUUUCGGUUGUUUAUUAAGAUGUUUCAGUAAUUAUGCAGAAAACUCAGAAGAAAACCGCAAUAAAGUAAUGGGAAUCUUUCCUAUCAAUCGUUUAGAUGCAAUUUUCCAGCAAUGCAGCAAUCUUACAGUGCAGAAUGAAAUUGUUCAUUUAAUCUACAUCUACUCCAAAUUUUCCAUUGAUCCUGACAAUGGAAAGUUCAUAAUUGCACUUUGCCAUAGCGUAAUCAUGAAGAAAUUCAAUCAAUUUGUAGAUUACGCUUUAUGGGCUUUAUUAAGCAUUCUACAUCAAGUUGAUGUUGCUGUUGACCAUAUAUAUUCUCCAGAGUUCGCAGAUGCUGUUUGUCAGUUAAUUGGAGUUAAAUCUCCAAAAAUCAAAUCUCCGGCACUUUUAUUGAUCGGAUUCUUCCUUGAAGCAGGUAAACCAGUUAACAAUAUCCACUAUGGAAGCAUUGUUGAGUGUUAUUCUUCUGAAGAUCAAAAUGUUCAAUUAAAUUCUUUUUAUGUAACAAAAUUCAUUGCGAAAACAAUGCCAGAAAAUAUCGAGAAGCUCAUCAAUGCUGGAUUAUUCAAUGAAAUGUACCACGCUUUGAAUGGAGAUUUCAAAUAUAAUCUCAAAAAAGAAGCUGCUUACACUUUGAACGCUGUUAUCAUGCAAGGUCGCAAGCCUGUUGUUGAAAGAAUGUGUGUCAAUGGAUCAGUCUCACAACUUAUUGUGAAUUUCGAAUACGAAGACAGAGAUUUGAUCAUUGACACUCUUAAAGCCCUUGAUGUUGUGUUUGAGAUAGGUCAAGUCAUUGAGCCGAGAUUGUACAGGCUUUUGUUAUCAAGAUUCAAGACAAUUGAAGGUUUUGAAGCUUUAGAUCAAUUACUUGAAUUGGAUGACUUCGAAAUCACAUCAGCAGUUGAUUCUAUCAAGGAAACAUACUUCGAAGACCUUGAUAUUGAUGCUAUUCCAAUCGACGUUGAUUCAGAUGCAGUUGAUGAAGAAGAUGAGAAUUAA